AUGGAUGCGCUCAUGUCACGCCUCGAUGCCCUCGUGCUCAACCCCGAACUUGCACCUCUCUUGUCAUUGGUAAAAGGCGCACGUAAUGGCAUAGUCUACGGAUCGAAAGUGCGAUUUCCGCACGCGCUGGUAUUCCGCGAAAAGGUCAAGCUGGUCUUGAACGCGACUCGCCUUCACGCCCGAAACUUAGCCACAUUCGCUACGAUAUACAAGGCCUCUAUGAUCAUACUUCGAAACCUCCCUGCUGGACAGGGCAAGGAAGGUCGCUAUGAUAGUUUCUUUGCUGGACUCUUGGGUGGAUACGCCGUCUUUGGUCGGCAGCGGGGAAGUAUCAGCCAGCAGAUUGUGAUUUAUGUUUUUGCUCGAGUGAUGCUCUCUCUUGCAAAGCUCUCAGUCCAGCCGGGGAUGCACCCACUUUCGUCACUCAUCUCACCUCACGCGCGCGCUUCUAUCACCGAUAAUGCCUGGCCGGUCUUCGCCAGUAUGAGCUGGGCGCUCGUCAUGUACCUGUUCCGAUGGUACCCAGAGACUCUCGCAUCGAGUCUGCGGAGUAGCAUGGUUUAUAUUUACGCGGACUCGGACCACUGGGAUUCUUUCCGAAACUUGGUGAUUCACAACAAAUAA